UUCUCACUCAUCUUUCAAAAAUGAAGUCACGAUUCAACUCAAAACAAUGAGAAUUCCAUGACCGUUUCAAAUCCCUAAAAGCCAGAAUAAAAAAUGGCAGAUGCACAAAUCAAUCACAAAAAUGCCCUCACGUACUGGGAAUCCAUCGAUGCUGAUGUGAACGGAAUGCUAGGAGGGUUUCCCUAUAUCUCGAAGGUGGAUUUGCAAGGGUCAAAAAACUUCCUAGCUAAGCUUGGAGUUGGAGGGAAGAGUGUGAAGAAGCUGGGAAGAGUGGUGGAUUGUGGUGCUGGAAUUGGUAGAAUCACAGAAGGCCUCCUUCUCGGCAUUGCAACCACGGUCGACAUCGUCGAGCCUAUCACUAAAUUCACCGACAACCUCAAGGGCAAGGAGGGUAUUGGCCAGAUUUUCAACAUUGGAUUGGAGGACUGGUCGCCAGAGCAGUCUCCCGACGCUAAAUACGACCUGAUUUGGAAUCAAUGGUGUUUGGGUCACCUGACAGACUUACAGAUGCAGUCUUAUCUGGAGAAGUGCGCGAAAGCGAUUAAUCAGGGUGGCUUGGUGAUCGUCAAGGAAAAUCUGAGUACGAGUGGAGAGGACCGUUUCGAUGAAGUGGAUAGUAGUGUUACGAGAUGUGACCAGAAAUUCAGGGACAUCUUCGAGAAGGCAGGUUUGAAGAUCAAGAAGACUGAGAUUCAGAAGGGGCUACCAAAAGAGUUGUAUCCGGUCAGGAUCUAUGCUCUUGUUCCCGAUAUUUGACAAUCGACGUUCUUUGUGCGAAGAGCGGUUGCGAAGCGGACAAUGCGCAUUUGGGAGCAUGGCAACUUUCUCAUUAAUGCGAAUAUGAUCCCAAUUGUGGAUGGAUCCUGCUAGACGACUGCUAGACAGUGCCUAUUAGUUGCCUGACGCCUAAGUACAGCUCUAUUACUUCCAGCUGGGAGUCGUGACAGCAGAGAAAACAGCGAGAAUGCAUAUUUGGAUCACGCGCAUACCUCUAUUUGUGCCUGGAAAGACAGAUUUCUGAUUGUUUGACUUCGCCGAAGGAUAACACGCAGAUUUAAAGGAAGCCGCACACCAUGGGGAGAGCCCAUAUACAUUUGAAAGCUUCAUUUUAUGCUAGCCCACGCAUCAUCACUUGAUGAAGUAUUACUUUUGGAAGCUCAUAAAUUGGUGUCAUCUAGGCAUGAACAUUCCGUGGGACAUGCAUCAUUGCCGUGGCCGUCGCAAUGUCCCCCGAUGUGGAACAUCUACCAAAUGCACAUCGUCCCAUGGGAAAGUCCAAACAGAGAUCAAUUAC